AUGCACUUGAAGCUUACCACCCUCGCCUCAGUUGUUGCCCUUGCGGCCAGUGCACGUGCAACGAUCGUUGGAACGUAUUAUUGCACUCAAGCAAAUUUCUAUGGCCCAUGUGCUUACACUGAGGCUGAGUCUGGGACUUGCAUUACUUUUUCGGCGGGAGGGUUUUGGAACCAGGACAUAGCCUGUAUGCGUCCGGACACUGGCGUAGCAUGUACGUUGUACAGUGGGGUGAACUGUACCGGAGCGACUCUUGCGGUCAAAUCUCAGAUGGGUACUAUCAGUUGGGCGGACAAAGCAAGUUCCUAUACUUGCGUGCAAACUUGAUAUCCUUCGGUAUAUAAUGGACUUUCACCACUAAUGUGGUUUAGUUAGAAUAUCUUGAGAAUAUCUGUAUUAGAUGGCGACCCAUGGCGUGAACAUAUUUCAAUAAUUUUGUAGGUCGUGUCUGGGAACCUGUUGUGACUAAUACGUAUUUCUUGCUGC